AUGAGGAGCUCCGCGAGGACCAUUACGCCUCGCUGCGCGCGCGCCCGCGCCCCGGCCGUCGAGGACUGGUCCCUGUCCCGGGCCCCGACCCCCCGGAAGACCGGUACCUUCCUGCUGCCGGACGUCCCGCUGGAUCAGAUCAUCCCCUACAUCGACUGGAACCCCUUCUUCCAGGUGUGGCAGCUCCGCGGCAAGUACCCCAACCGCGGCUACCCGAAGAUCUUCAACGACCAGGAUGUCGGCCCGGACGCCAAGCGCGUCUUCAACGAUGCCCAGGCCAUGCUCAGCAACAUCGUCGGCAAGAAGCUGCUCACCGCGCGCGCCAUCCUCGGCAUCUACCCGUCGAACAGUGUUGGUGAUGACAUUGAGGUCUAUGCCGAUGAGGACCGCACCGAGGUCCUGGCCACCUUCCGUGGCCUGCGCCAGCAGACCGAGCGCGAUGCCGACCUGGCGGACUCCAUCUCGCCGGAUGCGUACCACUGCCUGUCGGACUUCGUGGCCCCCCGGGACACCGGCCUCACCGACCAUGUGGGCGUGUUCGUCACCUGCGCCGGCUUCGGCCUGGACCAGUAUGCGGCCAGCCUGCGCAAGGCCGGCGACGAUUAUGGCGCCAUCAUGGCCGACGCCCUGGCCGACCGCCUGGCCGAGGCGCUGGCCGAGUGGCUGCAUGCCGAGGUCCGCCGCAAGAUCUGGGGCUACGCCCCGGAGGAGGACCUCAGCCCGGAAGACAUGCACCGGUGCCGGUACUCCGGCAUCCGGCCCGCCUGUGGCUACCCCACCCAGCCGGACCACCGGGAGAAGCUGGCCCUCUGGAGCCUGCUGGCCAAGCAGCUUCCCACGGCCCGGGUCCUGGACGGGACCGCCGACCAGGACCUCGGCCUGGCUGCCGGGUCCCCCCUGGCCGACUUCCCGGACGCCGCCACCGCCGGUGUCACCCUCACCGACUCGCUGGCCAUGGUGCCGACCGCCGCCGUCAGCGGUCUCUACAUGGCCGCCCCGCAUGCCCAGUACUUCGCGGUUGGCAAGCUGGCCCGCGACCAGCUGGAGGAUUACUCCGCCCGCCGGGGCGAUGUCGACGGCCUGGCCGACUCCGAGCGGUGGCUCAACUCGAACCUUGGCUACCAGCCGUGA